AUGCACAACUGGUGGACCUGGACUGACGAUCCGAACACUAAGGACAAAGAGGAACAACUCGCUCUGGAUCCCGCCUGCGGUGUGACAUCGAGACCACUAUUGGCCGACAUGCUUUCCUUGGCAGCACAGCGGCGUGAGGGCCAGCACCCAGUAUCCGAUGGCUCGUGGGGAGCGGCCAUCGGCAAUCUUCCAGAUCUGAAGACCUUCGAACUCAUCCUCGAAACGUUUACGAAGAAGAAGGGGCAGCUUGAAGCUGUAGUCGAUUGUGCCCGAGCUUGGAAGUUCCCGUUGCGGCACACACAAUACGAGUUAGCCUGCGACGGGAAAGUGGAGAAUCUACACUGGGCCAAUGCGGCCAAUGAAAAAGAUGGCUGGGAAACGGAAACCGAGCAUGAAAGCGAAGAGAUGGACCUCGAAGGGAACACCAUCCCUUCUUCCGAGCAAAGUGAAGAUGCAGAGACUGGCAAGGAGGCAGCAAAUGAAGACGAAGACAUGCAGGAUGUCGAGGACGGGGUAAAUGCCGGGGAACGAAUGCAUGAUGUUGUCAAUGAAGACGCGGAGAUGGCUGACACUGGCUCAACUCUCCCGUCAUCAUUUAUGCGAUACAACCAGGGCUUGCGGUUGGAUACCACUGUAGGCGGGCCAGGACCAUCCAGGAUCGGGCCUCAAGCGAACAACAGUACGGCACCCGUUAGGCACCUUCUCUCUCCACUGGCCCCUGGUGACUAUUCCGAACCCGACGUCGGGCUUGAUUCGACAGAAUAUACUGAGCAUCUCAAUUCGUAUCCGAACAGCUCAACAUCUCCAGCGUACAGUCCCGCGUCUCCAAGUUUGGACGACUACAGUCCAACAUCCCCACAUUAUAGUCCAACAUCCCCACGUUACAGUCCCACAUCUCCGAUUUGGACCGUGCGCUCUACGGAGUUCGAAGUGAGGAUCGUACGUUUCAGACGAAGAAGAGUGGACUGA